CACAUUGUUCUCUCCUCUUUUGUGCUAUACAAUCUUCAAACAUUUGUCUCUUCCAAACUACUGAAGCAAAUAUGGCCGACGUUAUUCUUGGUCCUCUUGUGGAUGUCACAAUAUCCAAGGUGAUUUCAGUUACCACCGAGCAACUCAACUUAGCAGUGGGAUUCAAGCAGGAGCUCAAGAAGUUCCGUGUGGUGCUGAGCAUGGUAAGGGGCGUGCUGCAAGAUGCUGAGGAGAAGAAGGUGACGGUUCACUCUGAUCUGCAACCUUGGCUUCAGGAGCUGGGAAAUAUAGUUGAUGAAGCUGACAAUGUGGUAGAUGAGGUUGCAUAUGAACAUCUAAGGUACAAGGUGGCUCAAAAACAAAUGUGGAAAAAGGUCAGCUGUUUCUUUACUCUUUCUAAUCCUUUAGCUUUUCGCCUUAAGAUAGCUAAGAGGAUUAAGUAUUUGAAUUUAGAUCUAGCUAGCCUUAAUGAUUGGGCCACUGGACUAGGGCUUCAACAUAGACUUGCAAACAAGCUUCCUGAACAUGUAGAAAUCCAACAAACAAACUCCUCACUUGAUGAUCCAUCGAAGAUUGUAGGAAGAGAAAAUAAAGUCCUAGAAGUAGUUCAGUCGUUGAUUGAUUCAAGUAAUGGUCAACCUCUCCCUGUUGUAUCCAUAGUUGGUAUGGGAGGCAUAGGCAAAACUACUAUGGCAAAACUAGUGUACAACAAUGAGCUGAUACAGAAACAUUUUUACAAAAAAAUGUGGGUUUGUGUUUCUGAAAAUUUUGAUGAGAAAAAAAUAUUAGCAAUGAUGCUGAAAUCUCUCGUCACUAAUGAGGAUGGUCAUGUGGAUUUUGAAAAUGAAGCAGCUGUAGUUCAGAAACUCAAAGAAAUGUUUGUGGAGAAAAACUCUUUUGAAGAGAUUGAGGAGAAAAACUAUCUCCUCAUUCUAGAUGAUGUAUGGAAUGAAGAAAAGCCAAAAUGGGAUAACUUAAGAAAUUGGUUGUUGGGAAUAGGCAAAAGGGGUGGGAGUAGGGUUCUUGUCACAACUAGAAAUGAGAAAGUAGCUUCCAUAAUGGGAACCAAGAACAUGCAUAGUCUUGCCAAGCUAGAAAAGGAGGAUUGUUGGUCUAUUAUCAGGCUUAAAGCAUUUGGCAACUUUCCUAAUUCUUCGGAAUUGGAGGAAUUGGAGAGUAUUGGAAGGAACAUUGCUGAGAAAUGUAAAGGUGUGGCAUUAGUUGCAAAUGUUGUAGGGGGGACAUUGUGUAAUAAUAUAAACAAAGAUUAUUGGACAUCAAUUAGAGAUGAUAAGGAAGUAUGGGAUUCAAUAGAAAAGGCUGAUGGAGUUUUGUGUGUAUUACAAUUAAGUUUUGAUCGGUUGCCAAUACCUGCUUUAAAACAAUGUUUUGCUUUUUGCUCUAUUUUCCCCAAAGACUUUGUCAUGGAAAAGGAGAUGUUAAUCCAGCUCUGGAUGGGUGAAGGAUAUCUUCAACCGUCUAGAAAAAGCUACAAGAAGAUGGAAGAUAUUGGAUAUCUUCAACCGUUUAGAAAAAGCUACAAGGAGAUGGAAGAUAUUGGUGGUAAGUAUUUCAAUGACUUGUUCUCAUACUCGUUAUUUCAAGAUGCAGUAAAUGACUCUUCUGGUAGUAUUAUUUCUUGCAAAAUGCAUGAUUUAAUACAUGAUCUAGCACAAUCUGUUUCAGAGUCUCAAACGUUGAUUUGGGAUCGUAGUAGUAGUAGUGAUACUCCUGCAGACAUUCAGCAUUUGGAGGAUGGUAGUAGUGAUAUUCCUAUAGACAUUCGGCAUUUGAAUCUCAUUUCUGAGGAGGGUAUGCCAAAAAUGGAACUUCGGGAACUGCGUACCUUGUUUUCACGAGUUGAUGUUUCUCAAAACAAGCUUGAAAACUUUAUAAAGGUGCGAGUUCUCAGUUUCCGUGGUGCCAGUAUUGAUGAGUUGCCAGCUUUUUUGGGGAAAAUGAAGCAUUUAAGGUUUUUGGAUGUUUCAGAAACUAAAAUCAAAGAACUUCCCAAAUUCAUCACUAAGCUCUAUCAUUUGCAGACAUUUAGAUUUAUGAAUUGUGGGGAAAUCAAGAGGCCUUUGAAUGGAAUAUGGGAUUUAGUCAAUUUGAGACACAUUUAUUUCAAUGAUGAAAAGCUUAUGCCAGCUGGGAUUGGUGGAUUAACUUGUUUGAAAACAUUACAAUUAUUUGUUGUGGGCCAACAGAAGGGACAUCAAAUUGAAGAAUUGGGACGUUUAAGCCAACUCAGGGGAAAUUUAGAGAUUCGUAAUUUGGAUAUGGUUAGAGACAAAGAAAAAGCCAAGGGAGCAAGACUUUCUGAAAAGGAUGCAAUUCAGGAGUUGCAAUUGGUGUUUAGUAAGGACUCCAGUGGUAGUGAAGAUAGAUGCACACAAGAUAAAGACAUCUUGGAAGACCUCCAACCUCAUUCAAAUUUGAAAGGCCUAAUUAUUAAAUGCUACUGUGGUAAAAGCUGUCCUCCAUGGAUGUUAGAGAAAAAAAAUUUUCUCAAAAAUCUGAUGUUCAUGACCUUUUUUGCAUGUCUCUGGUUGGAAAGCAUUCCAUCAUUGUCACUCAGUAAGGAGGCAAAGGUGGAAAUUAAUUAUUGCAAGAAUUUGAAAAGCAUUGCAUGUUCGUCCCUUCAGAAACUCAUCAUUAGGGGAUGUGAAGAACUGUUUGAGGUAGAGGUUGGACCAGAUGCCAUGAAGUCUCUCAAAGAAGUACAUAUAGAGAUUUGUGAUAAAUUGGAAAAUCUUCCGAUGAUUAGUAAAUUACAAUCCCUUGAGAAACUUGGACUUUGGUAUUGCUCAAAAUUGAGGAUGAUUGGGGACGAUGCUCGAUUUGCCUCCACGUGUCUACAAGAGUUAAAUAUUCAUGAAUGUCGUAGCCUGAUGUCCAUGUCCAGUGUAGAUGGGCUGUCCUCUCUUCAAAAAAUUGAAAUGCACUGGUGUGGGCAAUUGAAAAGCAUAGGAGAGGAUUUAUCUACUGCCACGUGUCUCAAAGAGUUGACUGUAAGCUCAUGCAAUGGUUUGAUGUCCUUUCCAAACCUCCAUGGGUUGUCCUCUCUUCAAAAAAUUAAAAUAGACAACUGUGGGCAAUUGAAAAGCAUAGGAGAGAAUUUAUCUACUGCCACGAGUCUCAAAGAGUUGAUUGUAAGCUGGUGCAACGGUUUGAUGUCCUUUCCGAACCUCCAUGGGCUGUCCUCUCUUCAAAAAAUUGAAAUAAGCUGGUGUGGCCAAUUGAAAAGCAUAGGAGAGGAUUUAUCUACUGUCACGUGUCUCAAAGAGUUGACUGUACAGAGCUGCGAUGGUUUGAUGUCUUUUCCGAACCUCCAUGGGCUGUCCUCUCUUCAAAGAAUUGAAAUAAGGUGGUGUGAGCAAUUGAAAAGCAUAGGAGAGGAUUUAUCUACUGCCACAUGUCUUAAAGAGUUGAUUAUACAUGAGUGCGAUGGUUUGAUGUCCUUUCCGAACCUCCAUGGGCUGUCCUCUCUUCAAAAAAUUGAAAUAAGCUGGUGUGAGCAAUUAAAAAGCAUAGGAGAGGAUUUAUCUACUGUCACGUGUCUUGAAGUGUUGAUUAUAGAUGCGUGCCAUGGUUUGAUGUGCUUUCCGAACCUCCAUGGGCUGUCCUCUCUUCAAAUAAUUGAAAUAAGCUGGUGUGAGCAAUUGAAAAGCAUAGGAGAGGAUUUAUCUACUGUCAUGUGUCUCAAAGAGUUGACUGUAAAGGGCUGCGAUGGUUUGAUGUCCUUUCCGAACCUCCAUGGGCUUUCAUCUCUUCAGACUUUAUUGAUAUGGGGUUGUGGUGGAUUAAGAAGUUUGCCAAGUGGGUUGCCAUCAUGCACUGCUCUUGAGAAAUUGGAUAUCUCCAACUGUGAUAAUCUAAUCUCUAUUCCAGAUGAUUUGAGGAGUAGCUGGAGCACCCCUAACCCUGCCUGCCUUGCUUGCCUGAAGAAGCUGACUAUUGGUGGUUUCUCAAAAGAGCUCAAGGAAUUUCCAGAUCUGGGCUUCAUCGGAUCUCAUCUUGAAGAAUUGACUUUGAUUGCAUGGGGAGAACCAAGAGAACGUCUGCUGGAUCAAAUUCGACCCCUAACUGCCCUUAAGUCUCUCGGAAUAAGGGAUUUUGAUGGACUGGAAGCUUUGCCAAAUUGGUUUGGAAACUUAUCCUCUCUUAAAACCCUGGAGAUUUCCAACUGCAAAUCUCUGAAACAUAUGAAAGCCAUCCAACGCCUCUCCAAAUUAGAAAGCCUUCUUAUUUAUGGAUGCCCUGAGUUAAAGGAAAGAUGCGCCAGUGGAAGUGGUUCCGAGUGGGACUACAUCUCUCGCAUUCCAAAGAUCUACAUAAACGACGAAAUGAUCCAACUCGAAGGAGAUCCCAUUGAGAUUCCUACUCAACUGCAUCAGGAUGAUGACGGUGAGCAGCAGGAUGAUGACGGUGAGCAGCAGGUUGAUGAUAAUGAGCAGCAAGAUGAUGACAGUGAGCAGCUGGCAUCAUGGCUUGGUAGCCCAACCCAGGCCACAGACUUCAAUGCUGAUUGUGAGCAGGGAAUUCAAGAUGAAAACAGAGAGUCAACCAUGACAACCAGUAGCUAACCAUGGAGAUCAAUGGUAUGGUAUUGGAGACCCAGUGGUGGCAAACGUGGUUUGCUCAAUAUGUUUUUUGUCUUGAAAUGGUGAUGAAGAGAUUUGAACCCACUUUCCAACAUAGGUCGCAUCUCUCCUGAUGAUUCAGCCAACACCAGCAGUGUCAGUUUUGCUAGCAGCCCAGGGAUAACAUGGCAAGUCUCCGAAGUGAAGAAAUUUCAUCCAAGAUCAAUCAAUGCAGAGUGGAAGAUGCAUAAAUAUUUAAGGCGAUCAAGUGCCAUAUUCUGUCAAAUUAGUUGCAAACCAACAGACAUGAAAUGUGGAAGGCCAAGUUAAACUUGCUAAUGCUGUCUUGAAUUUUGAUUGCAAUAAUGGAUGCAAUUUGCUAUUGAGUACAAAAGAGCGUUGUGAGAUAGGGUGUAUUGGGAAGCUUCUAUCGAAGCUAGGGACGAGCUUUUAGCAAUUGUAUCCAUUUCUUUACGUAGUAGAAUUUCUACUUGGCUCUUCCAGCAGAAUUUUGUGGUUGUUCUUUUAUCGUUCUUUCAUCAUCUCUUAUUGUAUAAAAAUAGUUAGAGAAC